AUGAACAACGGCGUUGCCGCCUCAUUUGACUGGAACAAGGAAAUCGUCCUUGUGACAGGCGGAUCAAAUGGAAUAGGGGCAGCAUGUGCGCAACAACUAGCCUCGGAAGGGACCCAGGUAGUUGUGCUUGAUGUAUUGCCAUUGACUUAUGAUGCUCCCAAACACUUGCACUAUUAUCGAUGUGAUCUGACCAACCAAGACGAUGUUCUUGCUGUUGCUGCAUCUAUUAGGCGGCAAAUUGGAGAGCCUACAUGCGUUGUAGCAAACGCAGGAAUAUGCCGCGGAAAAUCGUUGCUUCAAGCCACCAAACGGGACAUUGAACUCCUAGGGCUUUUGUGGACGGUGAAAGCGUUUGUCCCGUCUCUUGCAUCUCAUAAUCAUGGCCAUUUUGUGAUACUCGCCUCUCAAACAGGGUAUCUGGCAACAGCAGGCGUGGUAGACUACGCGGCCACUAAAGCGGCUGCCCUAGCUAUUUAUGAGGGACUCCAGACAGAGUUACGCCAUGUGUAUAAAGCCCCUGCGGUGCGCGUAUCAUGCGUGGCACCAUCAGCGGUAAACACCAAGAUGUUCACAGGCAUUCAGCUACCGUCAUCAAUUCAACCCCUGAAACCUGCAGAUGUUGGUUCAGCUGUGGUGAAGAUUUUACGAAGCGGACGGGCGCAGAAUAUGAUGAUGCCCUCUUCCGCAUGCAUUUCUCCAAUCAUUCGAGCACUUCCGGAUUGGCUGCGAAUUGGGUUGCAGGAUUUUGGAAAGGAUGUUAUGAUCAACCUGAACCCUCAUAAGCCACUAGGCUGA